AUGGCAGUGAGUAGCGAGAAGAGCAAAGGGAGUGAGAAAGGAGCAGACGAGGAGAUUGGACCUCAGGUUGCAGGUAUAAAGGGCAGUGAACAGGCAGAAAAAUGUUUCUUAGCUUGUGACACUGGCAGUUCAAGAAUGGACAGAAAACAUGGGAAAUACAUUGUGAAUGUCGAACAUUCUGAAAACCAGCCGGUGACACAAAAUUUCUUCACCGACUGGUCUCUUUGGAAGAUCUUCCUGGCUUGUCUCUUAGCCUGUGCUAUAACAACAACAAUUGGAGUACUCAUAGAGUGCCUGGUGUAUAAUGGGAAGAAUAAUACCUCCAUUGUUAUUCAGCUUCCUCAAAACCACGGGACAACCUCAUCUACUAGUUCUGAAACUAUAGUUCCUACUGCGAUAACAGAUUCUGCCAGCACAUCCGAUUCAACUACCAUCACUAUGACCACUGCUAGCACUUCAAGAGAACCAACUAGUACAAAAACCAUUGCUUCUACUGACACUCUCAUAGCAACAGCCACCACUGCAACUUCUCCCACUUUUACUGAACUUAAAACGACGGCAGGAACAAGCAAUUCAACUAAACCGAAAACCACAAUGACUGCCAGCAAUGCUACUGAGGCAAACACAACAAAGACCACUCCUCCUGCUUCUGCUGAACCUGCAGCCACAGCAACAGUCACCGAUUCACUUCAACCCACUACCACAAAGAUUACCGGCACAACCACUGAGCCUACAACCACCACAGCCACCACUCCUGCCUCUACAGAACCUACAACCACCACAGUCACCAGCACUCUGUCUGUCAAACCCACAAUUACCACAGCGGCCACUGCCUCAUCUGAACUGACCACUACAGAAACUUCCAGCACUAACACUGAGGCUAGAAUCACCACAGCUGCCAUUAUAAUGUCUGCGGUACCUACAACCCCCGAGGCCACUGCUAUAACUUCUACUAAACCUACCACCUCCAAGGCUACCUCUACAACUUCUACUGAAACUGCUAUCACCAUGGCCACCACGACUUCUAGCAACCCUAUGACCACCACAGCUACCAUUACAACCUACUGAACCUACAACUACUAGAGCAGUUGCCACCUCAUCAGUACCAACUAUCACAACUUCCAGUGGUACCACUGAAGCCACAGCUGCCACAGCCACCACUGUAACUUCUGUGGAACCUGAAACCACCAUGGUCACACCUGCAACUUCUAUGGAACCUACAACUACAAUGGCCGCCAUUACAACCACUUCUGAGCCUACAAUCGCCCAGCCACCACUGUUGUCUCUGCUGAACCUAUAACCACCACAACAGCCACCGUGGCAUCUGAACCCACUACCACAAUAACUGUUAGCACUACCACUAAUGCCACCACCACCAUAGAUACCAUUAAAACUUCUCUUGAACCUACAACCACCAUGGCCGCCACUAUAUCUAAUGAACCUACAACCAACACAGCUAUCACUAUUGUCUCUACCAAACUUCACCACCACCACAGCAGGCACCACAGCGUAUGAACCAACCACCAUAGUAACUGCCAGCACUACACUGAAGCUACAACCACCACAGGUACCACUACAACUUCUACUGAACCUGUAACCACCAUGGCCACCAAUACUGACUCUGCCAAACCUACAAAAACCACUAUGGCCACCAUUUCCUCUGAACUGACUACACAAUAACUGCUAGCACUACCACCGAGGCCACAGCUAACACAGCCACUACAACUUCUACUGAACCUACAACUACCACGGCCAUGACUACAACUUCUACCAAAUUUACAACCCCUACAGCCACCACUGUUGUUUCUACUGAACUUAAAGCCACAACUGCAGCCACCACAGCAUCUGAACUGACCACCGCAGUAACUGCCAGCAAUACCACUGAGGCUACAACCGUCAAGGCCACUGCUACCACUUCUACCUAACCUACAACCACCACGGCCAACACUACAACAUUUACCAAACCUACAACCGCUAUGGCCACCACCACUGUUGUCUCUACUGAACCUAGAGCCACCACACCAGCCACCUCAGCAUCUGAACUGACUACCACAGUAAUUGCCAGUACUACCUCUGAGGCCACAACCACCAUAGACACCACUAUAACUUCUGCUGAACCUACAACCACUAUGGCCACCACCACAAUUUCCACCAAAGCCCACAGCCACUACUACUUCUACCCACAGCCACUAGUACUUCUACCAAACCUAUAACCACCAUGGCCACCGAUGUAACUUCUACUGAGCCUACAACCCCCAUGGCCACCACUAUAACUUCCUCCGAAGGUACAACCACCACAGCCCUCACCACAACCUCUACCGAACCCACAACUGCCAUAGCCACCACUAUGUCUCUACUGAACUUACUGCCACAACAUUAGCCACCACUUCAUUGGAACGGACCACCACAAUAACUGCCAGCACUACCACUGAGGCUACAACCACCACAAAUACCAGUAUAACUUCUGCUGAACCUGAAACCACGACAGCCACCACUAUAAUUUCUACCAAACUUACAACCGGCAGGGCCACCACUACCAUUUCUACUGAACCUACAACCACCAGCCACCACAGCCGUCAUUUCAUCUGAACUGGCUACCCCAACCAUUGCCAGCACUACCACUGAGGGUACAACCGCCACGGCCACCAGUACCACUUCUACUGAACCUAUAAUGACUGUGGGCGCCACUACAACUUCUACCGAACCUAUAAUCACCAUCGCACCCACAGUUGUGUCUAUUGAGCCUACAACCACCACGGCCACUACUAUAAUUUCUACCAAACCUACAAUCACCAUAGCCACCACUACAACCUCUAAUGAACCCACAACUGCCACAGCCACCACUAUUGCCUCUACCAAACUUAGCACCGUAACAGCAGUCACUGUAGCAUCUGAACUGACUACCACAGUAACUGCCAGCACUACCACUGAGGCUACAGCCACCACUGUAACUUCUACCAAAAUUACAACCACCACGGCCACCACUACCACUUCUGCAUUUACAACCACCACAGCCACCAAUCCUGCUUCUACUCAACCCACAACCACCACUAUGGCCACCACAUCAUCUGAACUGACUACCACGACGACUGCCAGCACUACCCCUGAGGCUACAACCACCAUGGUUGCCACUACAACUUCUACUGAGCCUGUGACCACCAUGGCCACUGUCAGUGCUUCUGCGAGACCUAUGACCCCCACAGCAGCCACCACUUAAUCUUAACCAGCUACUACAAUGUCUGCCAGCAUGACCACGGAAGCUAUAAUUAGAACAGCCACCACUGCUACUUCUAACGAACCUAUGACCACCACAGCCAUCGCUACACUUUAUACCACUCUCCUGAACCUACAACCCCAGGAACUGCCGCCACUUCCACUGAACUGCUUCUGCAGUGACUGCGAGUGGUACUACCACAGAGGCUGCAACCACAACAGCCAGUACUGCUGCCUCGACUGAACCUACAACCACAGCAAUAGCCACUGCUUUUACUGAACCCACUACCACAAUGAUUGCCGGUACCGCCACCGAGGCUAGAACCACAGUGGCCACCACUGUUGCUUGUAUCGAAUCUGUAACCACCACAGCAGUUGCCGCUUCAUCUUCUCAUAAGCACAACGGCAACACCUUUUAUUCAGCUGAACCCACCACCGUAAUUCCAAGCAUUGUCUUUCAACGGAACGUAUCACCACAACUGCUGUUAUCGUUUUGGUUGUGCCCACGGCCAUUUCUACCAGGACUGUAUUAACUGAAUCUAUGACUGUUAUAACUUUUACUGAAAAUUCUGCUAUCAGAUUACAGUACCAGUUCAGCUCUUUCCAAUCCACCUUGGCAGUCCCUCCCACCACCACUGAAGGUACAGCUACAUAAAUCAUCCAACAACUUUCAGUAAGAUCUGAAUCAUUCCUGUUUCAAAUGGACCUAUGAUGACCAUCAGUUUGACAGGAUUUCUAGGUACUCCUCCUGGCUUCUCGACUGAAUUUACCUCAUUUUCCAGAGCCACCUCCACUUCAAUGACUGAAUCUAGUCUGUUUUCUGACUCCACUAAAACAUCACCUUUGAUCUCCACUGCCACCACCUCAAGUAUAAAUAAAAUAACUACGCAUGCUACCAACUCAACGAACUUUCCCAUCACAACACCAUAGUAACUUUAGCUGAAUGUAUGAUCUAUGACCAACAUUACCUGCUAAUGGAAAAAAAGAACCAGGGUAAACAAGUUGAAGUUAUUGAGAGGAAGACUUUGACUCAACAUAGAGAAGAAUGAUGUCGCAGGAGAGUCAACCCAGAAAGGAAUAUUGAACCCUAGAAAAUGGCUGGACUCCCUGAUCACUGCAAGUGGCACACAGAGAGUGGGAUAUUUCCAGAGUCCAAAUGACCAUGAAGCCCACAGUUCAGCAUAUCAGUUUCCACCAUCAAGAGAGGUCACCGGUGUGGUUUGUACCAUUGUCACUGUUUCUUGCACCAACCCAGAAACCUUUGAAUACUUGAAAUUCCCCAAAAGGCAGUUCCAACAAGGACAGGUAAUGUUUGUGACAACACUGUUUGCUUUUCCAGUGUUGUGCCCAUGGCAGUGCCCUUGGUUCAGUAUAUGUAUACUAUGUGUAUGUAUAUACACAUGGACAUAUGCAAUGUUAUAAAGACAUAAUGAUAUUUAUAUGGAAUAGAGUAUGGCACGUGAACUAUGCCCAUUUCACAGUGGAGGUGCACAGUCAGCAUUCCAGGACUCAGGGCUCUGCUCUGUGGUGACCUGCCUCACGUUCGGACCCCAGUCCAGCCUCUAAGUCUGUCUGGAUGCCUUUCCUUCAGGACUCUGGACUCUGACUUCUUUUUUAACAAAUAGUUCAAGAUUGGAUCUAAAUAAAAUCUACAUAUUACUUGGAUUGUUACGUAUCUGUAUCUCUUUUAGCCUAAAACAUUUUCCCCCUUCUCUCUCUUUUAUUUUAUGUUAUUAUUAUUAU